AUGCAAGCUUGCUCGGAUCAGUAUGAUGGAGGUUGGUUCGGUGGCUACGGUCAGAUCACCUUUUGCAACAGGUUCUUUAACGACCUUCGGACUUUGGACGAAGCAACUCGGUACGCAAAACGAUAUGAUGAACGGCAGGAGAAUCUGGAGAGUUGGGACAAUCGAGCGAGGUGCUUCUUUCACGAGAUAACGCAUCUUGGAUACUUUGUUAACUCGGGAGGAUCCGACAAAUCCCCCAAUGUCGAAGAUCUGCGCAUAAUGUUCGGUCCGAAGACCAAGCAACGCAACGAACUUACCUAUGGGCCGUAUUAUGCGAAAAUUUCGCGUAACUACAGGGCCGACGGCUGGUACCCCGGCCAAAACGCGGACACCUAUGCUUGGUACGCCAUGGCUAUGUGGGCUCAGAAAAAGAUUGGACAUUAUCCUGUGAACCCAAAGGCCAAGGGCAUCAAGCCCUUCGCAGCUUCUUGA